AUGCCAGCGACACUGAAGGCAAUGUUUUUGAGCUUAGCUUUUUCUGAUCUAUCUGUUGGAUUACUGGUGCAACCCAUGCACGGAACUAUUAUCGUGGUUAUAUUAUACAAAACAUCAGAGCGAAAUGACGACCUCGACUUUCUAUGUCCCGUUUUCGUAACAGUGUACCUAAUGGCAGCGUACUUCUUCACAGUGGCAUCUUUCUGCUCCAUUGUCACCAUUGCCGUUGACAGACUCCUCGCUGUUUCACUGCACCUCCGUUAUCGUGAAUUUGUGACAAUGAAGCGUGUUCUCAUCGUUUUGUUUAUGCUAUGGUCGACCAGCGGGUUAAUGGCAUUGGUUUACAUCUUGCUACCAAACUACAAUGACAUCGUAGCUGUGGUACUGGAGGUUUUGGGGCUCCUUGUGACAAGUGUUGCCUACUUUCAGAUCUUCAAAGUUGCCCGGUAUCAUCAAAAUCAAAUACAAGCACAAUGUCAAAUUACGACAGAUUUGGAAAAAAUGAGAGUGGGACGGGUUAAAAGGUCGGCGUAUAAUGCAUUUUAUGUUUAUGCUGUUUUUGUCACAUGUUAUUUACCUAAUAUAUUUUGCGGGAUAUUGUUAGUGACCUCCGAAUUCAGUAUGUCACUUAUAACAGCUUUUUAUGUCACAAUUUUGCUGAUCUAUCUCAACUCUUCAGUGAAUCUUGUGGUCUAUUGCUGGCGAUAUCGCGAGAUUCGGGAAACUGUGAAAAAGAUUUUCACCAAGGCAUGCAGAAGAAAUAGAAAUGGAACAAUCGAUUUGACGAACUUGACAAUUCAAGAACCGAGAACAAGCUGGUUUCAAAGAAGUGAAGUGUAACUGACAAGACAUAAUUUUUAAGGUCGGAAGGAGUAGCAAUAAAACUAUGAACUUGGAUGGUUGUAUGCAUUUAGGAAAAAAUAUUGAAAUAAACCGGAAUAUUGUUAUGGUGACGGUAAAGGAUCAAAAAUUGGCCUAGAUUUGUCCGCAAGAUUCGAAAAGGUCAAUAUUUUCAAAUCUGCUUCUUGUUAUAAAUAAUAAUUUGGCAAGGAAAAUGAUUAGUUAGUGAUUAUAUUAGUUUUCUGAAUAAGAGAGAUUGAAGGAAAACAUUCAUCUCGAAACAUCUCCCACCAAACAAAGAAAAAAGCUUAAAUUACCAUCUUUAUCUUCUCAUUCUUUUCUAACGAAUUGGAAGCUGUAUAAUCAAUAGCUCAGGUGAAAACAUUACAUCUCGUGCACCAUUAAGAUGAUAAGAUAAGAAGUUAGCUACAGAAUACCUGACAAAUAAUUAUUGUUGGAUGAAAUAGCUGCAAUGCCAUGUGGAGUUUCAAGUUCCAGAAACAAGAACAAUUCUCCGAACAAGUGCUUCGCUUUCACGAUUAAUUUGCUCGUUGGCAUAAAUGGCACAAAUGUAAAAUGGCACUGAGGAUUAACCAAUCGAUAGAACAGGUGAACACAGCCACUGAUUUAGUUUUUAUAACUGAAUUGUCUUUUUAAUGAAAGGUUCCUAAAUACAAGACGUAAUACCAGACAAAAACAUGCGGAAUGAAUCCUUACGUUUUACUGUCGCCAUCACAGCUAUAGUUUGGUUAUAAUGUGAGACUUUCGGCAGAACAUAUUUACUUGCGAUUUAAUUUAGUCUUAUAAAUGACAGCGUAAAAUGAAACAAGCGAUUGGUAUUGAUGUCAAAAACGAAUCCUUAGACGCGCUGAAAGUUAAAAGAGAAGUGAACACUUAAGAGUGCAUCGUACCUUAAUAAAUCUGUAUUCACAACAACGUGAAAACUGCAGCUGGGUCGUGGGAAAGUGGAUUUGCAUGCUAACCUUUUGACAUUUUAUUUGCUUUGCCAUUUCAUGACCAAUCAUGUUACGGUCAAAAACAUAGAUAUCGUCGGCGGCAGUGUUUCUUCCGGCUGAAGAGAAUUUGACUUAGACCAUGAAUUUUCAUUAAAUGAGCCUUUUAAAGUGAAAUGAAUGAACAACUCUUGACAAAGCCAGGUUUUCUGCCGAAGAGGUCUUUAAAUAUGUAAAUAACUUCGCAUAAACAGAGCACGUCUUCAAUACCUUGAGACGGAUUAAUUGUGUAGAAUCGACGCAUAUAUUUAUUGAUUUACAUAACUAGAAAAUGGCGAUUUUGUAAAGACAGCACUCCCAGUUAAACAUGUGGCAGUUGUACAAUGAAAAUUUUUUUCAAAAAGAUAGAAAAUUGUACUUGAAAAUUGGUGUACUAGAAUAAAAGGGUCCGACUACAGAACCCUAAUAAAUGUUUAGAUGCUUCAUGGGGACGUGAGAGGGAGAAAGGAAAAUAUUAAAUUGUAAACAAGACAGGAAAGACGUAUAUGAAUUAUUUCACAACGAUAACUACGCACACUAGUGGCCGGAAGGACCAAAUGCUACGUCUUGGCUUUUACGGUGUACUUUAAUUCAUUUGCAUGCUAUAAUUCAAUAUCAACGUGAAAAAUCUUUCCUUUUUCAUCGUUAGUCAUGCAAUUGAAAUGACGGUCCAAAAACAAUAGUCUAAAAACUGCUUUAUUUAAAUAACAAAUUCUAAAUACAAAGGAAAAAAGCUUGAAGGAAAAUUAGGUUUUAAAGGAUACAGAUCAAUAGCGAUAAACAGCUAAAGAGGGCCACGGUUCGAAACCGGGAUCCUGCUGACAUCAGACUGUCACAGUCUUAUGGCCGUGCUAAAAUACUCUUUGUCACUGCUGAAGAAGAAAACCAGGAUACCUUUAGGUCACAAAAUUUUCGGAGGACUUAAAAACUCAACAGCUUUGAUUAGGAAUUGGGUCAAAAUUCUUUGAUCCUCGGGACAAAUCGAGUUAAAAUAUGAUUUAUAGGUGGUUACAGAUCACUAAAGGCAGAUAGGUACUCUAGCUCGUCUCCAACAGAAAUCCAACAUGACACUUGACACAUAUGAGCCUUGUGUGAGAGGCAACUUCUCUGUUGCUCAAUUGGUACCGAGAGCAUCUAUUUUUUCUAUUCUUUAUCUGAUAGGUGGUCAAACUCUGAGGUCUGUAGGUUUUUCUGAUAUUGAAAAAAAAUUGUGAUAUAAAUAUUGGCCUACUGGUGUCCUAACCUUUGGACUUUUUGUAGGGAUUGGGAGUUAACCAGUGCAGUUGACCCUAUUAUACAUCAGACGUGUUUAAUUUUCCGCAAUCCAAGUGUCUUUUAGAUAUAAGUUGCGAUUAUCCGGUGUGAUGGUGCGCUGUUGAAGAUGUAUGUGCGGAUAACUGCUUAAUACGUGAGCUCGAGAAAAGGUAACAUGCUCAAUAAAACCCCGCAUAAGAAUUCUCAUUGCGUUUCAAACGCGAAAACUCCGGGAAACGGAAAAUGCUCUCGUCAUUUAUGCUAAUGCCAUAAUUGUAUUUACACACGGUUAGUGUGCUCAUAUUGCUCACUCACGUUGCCGUUAAGGAGGGAAUUCUUUCAAUUGAUCUGUGUUAAUAUUUUUCUGGUUUCAUUACCUGCGAAAAGAGCUGUUUUAGGGAUAAAAAAUAAAAAACAAGAGUGAAAAUUAAGUGUAUCACGACUUUUCCGUCUUUCGUGACAUUUGCGCACUACGUGCCUUUUUCACAUUAUCGGACGCAGGUGCAAAAACACGACGUCGUAUUUAAAUGAAGUUUGCCCUUCGCAUUAAAGAGCCCAGAAUUAUUAGGCAAUUAAAUCUCUUGCGAAGGAGAAAAGUACUACGGUUAUCAUUUUUUUUUUUUGGAAAUGAAACUCCUCGUUAUAGGUCCAAAUUGAGAGACUAUAAAUACUUGGUAACUGAUAUUACGGUCCCAGUAGCGUCAAAUGGAAUUCACAGACAUGGUGGUUCAAUUGUGUAAUGAAAAACUGGAGGGUUACGUCAAACUUCUUCAUUUUGGUUGGCGUUUCGUGCUUGUGGUUUGUGUUUUAAAUUUGUUAUGGGCUGUGGUCGCAGUUCUGGGCAAUGUCCUCGUCAUACGGGCCCUGAUGAAAGCAAAGACGAUACCCGCUACUUUACGACCACUUUUCUUGAGCCUUACUGUUUCUGAUCUCACUGUUGGAUUAUUUGCUCAGCUAAUGUUUGGUGUUGUUAUGGCUUUAAUGUUGAAAAUGUCUGCUGAUGGAAAUUUCAACUUGGACUUAUUUUGUCCCUCUAUUGUGACGAUAUCUCAGCUCUCUUUGUAUGGGUUGGUGACUGCAUCUGUUCUAUCGGUUGCUGCCAUUGCAAUCGACAGGCUUCUUGCGGUGUCACUUCAUCUACGAUACCGAGAACUAGUGACGCCAAGAAGAACUAUCAUUGUUGUGAAAUUAUCAUGGAUUGCCAGUGGGAUUAUCGCCGGCAUUUACAUGUUUCUUCCCAACUACAAUGACAUCGUGGGAGUGUUCAUGGAAGUAUCGGUGCUUCUUGUGACAGCAUUCGCUUAUUGUCGGAUUUACAGGGUUGUGCAUUAUCAUCAAAAUCAAAUACAAAGUCAGAUCUCACAUGAAGGGGCAAUUGAGUUUGCUCGAGAAAAACGAUCAAGCCUCAAUACCUUUUGUGUCUUUGUGGUUCUGUUAGCUUGUUAUCUCCCAGACAUGUGUUGUGGUAUCUUGAUUUUAGCUGAAGAAUCUCGAGUGCAAUUUUUGAUUGCGUUCCACGCAUCAGGCUUCUUAGUAUUUCUCAAUUCUUCUAUUAAUCCCUUGAUCUAUUAUUGGCGAUAUCAAGAGAUUCGUUGGAUCAUGAAAAACACUGUAAGAUCGAUAUUAUCCGUCAGAAAUUCGUGACGAGGUGUAGUUUUAGACUCCAGCUCCUAAAAUUUUCCAUGAUUUUAUACGCCAUUGAAAAGAUCAUCUAAAGUGCUCAUAACACGAAAUUUUUUUUGUAUUUCCUGGUUGAUAGCCUAUUUAAAAUUAGAAAUAAUCGACCUUAGCGCCUAGCAAGUUCUUCUUGACCAUUUUUUGUGCAUUUAAAGUAAGAUUUGGUGGCCAAAAAGUGUCCUCAUCAAGCGCGCGACCAAAACGAUCAUGUUACAUGGCUGUGACGUAGAAAACUAUGAAGACACGUCGGCACUACGGUGGAGAAAGGAGAAAUCUAGAAGAAAGGACGAACGUUUGCCUGACCGGAACGCCAAAUGAUGUUAGCUACAAGAAUAAUACACAUAUACCAGGUAUUUCUGUACCCUACGUUCUAAAGGAUGUAGUUGUACGGCCAAAAUGGACACGUCUCGAUCGUCGACAUCGAGGAAACUUUUACUCUACAGUGUCGACGAACACAUGCCAAUGGUCAAAUCAGGGGAAGAUAACCAAAGAAUCCAGCUAAAAAGGAUGCUGACCAUGGGGCCUGUCCUCACACCGUACACGAUUGUUCAACAUUCUUUUCAGCUGACAUUUCGCGAGCGAAGAAUGGUGAACUUCCUAAUGUUGUUUAUUUCACGCGCUUGAGUUGUACUUAUACUCCUUGUCUAUCCACAUUUGCACUUUUCCUAUUGUAUGAAAACCUACCAAUUGUACUUUCCAUCAUAUUUUAAUUACAGAAACUCAUCAAUUUUAAUUAAUUUUCAGCCCCUUCUUGAGCUGAGCGUCCUGUUGCCUGAACAGUGUGAAAUCUCUGGCGGAUACUAGCAUAAACACAAGGUCGAAGGGGCCGUGUAUUCUCAAACCUAGGUUUCCGAAAAUCCACCCCACGAGCUAAAAGUAGCUACAGUAACAAUGUCAUUGUGAUAACAGCACUGAAACACUGAACAAAGAAACACAAAUUUUACUGAAUAAGAUGGUAGCGAAUCUAAGUGCCGUGUGAAAGUCGAUGCAUACGAAAUAAUCAUAUACAAUACUAAUGUCAAUGGUUUCUUUCAAGCGGAAUGGGUCUUAUGGCAGUUGUGCACUCAAGCUAAAGAAGUUUUUCUCUAUUAAAAUCCCUAUUUGUGAUUAAAUUAAACCAGAUGACUAUAAAUUCGCUCGUUUUCCGUUUACUUUGGCCGGUUAGACGAUCGCGACGAUAGCCUCUGCCUUUUCAAUCUCUAAGGGAAGGAGCAACUUACAGUGACACUGCCCGAUUACUUCUCGGUGAAAAAUCAUCGUACCUCGUGAUACAGCUAAUUCUUACGUCAAAGGUUAGCUCUUGGUUUGCUAAUGGGAUUUCUCUACAGCAAUGAAACUCUAGAGCACUCACCGAGGGGAAACUUCGCAGCACCUACUGCGAAGGAAUAAAAUGUUAUGACAACAGAAAAGAACACAGCUACCCAUUCUUAACACAGAUUUCGGCAUAGAAAACAAAACUCAAACGCAACAAAAUAGAUAUUCAGUAAUAGGAAGUUUUUUCUCUAAUCUUGAUCUGAACACCGCAGGCGAGAAACCGUCUUUGUCAGUCUUCGUUGAAAUCUUCGUUUGAUGCACGCUGUUCUCCUUCGUAGAAGAGUACUUGAGUACAGUGUAUCACAACUCUCGGUGGAGCUUGCUGAAGAUAGGUAUACAUCGCUAUCGGACAUUGUUUCAAGAGUAUUUCAACGCUGACUGAUGCAAAAUUUCCAGAGAUGUGAGAGUUUUCACAGUUUUCUACGUCAUCGUGCUAAUUCGUUACCAGUCAACGGGACACAUUUAAGACAAAAUGACAGCACUUUAGGGCCCGAAAAAACCGAGUUUUAAGUUUUUUGAAAUUUUUCUUCUAUUUUUCUUCUAUUUUUCUUCUAUUUUUCUUCUAUUUUUCUAUUUUUUCUUCUAUUUUUCUUCUAUUUUUCUUCUAUUUUUCUUCUAUUUUUCUUCUAUUUUUCUUCUAUUUUUCUUCUAUUGCGUAAAAAAGAUUUCGUGUCACCGGCACUUUUAAAUGGAGAAUGUUUUUAAUUGUUGUACGAUGAUCGAGAAACCAAGGAAGAUAUGUAGGACUAGCGGUUGGGAAAAUCAGACUUUAAAAACUUGUUGUUAAAGGAGCCACGUCACUAUCUGCACCGCUGGAGAGUUAUCGUUCAACUUUAAGUGUUAGUUGAAGUCAAGUUCUUUUCGAUUCCUUCAAUUAAAAUAGGUGUCAAUGUUCCCUAUAUCCGUAGCGUAAAAAGUGAUAAUGAGAACGUGCAUGUGAAAAAGAGAUUGCAUGAUGUAGUGUUGCUAAUGAGAACGUGUGAAAGUGAGAGAAUAAUGUUUUGUGCAACACGCAAGAAACAGGUAAUUUCUAUGUAUACAACUACAUCGUGCGGUAUGUUAUUCGCAGCCAGUUCGCGUUGUUUUUUUGAAUUGUAAUAAAGCCUCUUUUAAUCUACAUAAGAGUACCUUACUUUCAUCGGCCAUGCUUGUCCCUGCUUUAUUAUAGCCUAGUUCCUUGUCAGUCUUCACCAACCGGAGCCAUUUUUUUCUCCUUUGUUUAUUCUUGUUUCCUUUGUUUCAUAAUAUCUUACUAAACCAAUAUUUUGUAGUCAUUUACAAUCUGUUAGUUUUGUCGUCCCCUAGCCAUCUGUAUUCCUUCUCGUUGCCUCUCUUGUGUUAGUUUCUCACUCAACUUAUAUUUUUUAGCCAGUUUUUUACGAUCGUUGUUAAUCUCCACCAUCCGUAGCCAAUAUGUUUCCCUAAUGAUUUAGUAAUGUUUCCUUUGUGUCAUAUAUUUAGCUAACGAACUGAUCUGAUACUGAUUUUGUAGUCAUUAAAAAUUCGAGUCAAUUUUUACCGUACAUAGCCAAACUUCUCCCUGCCUGGUUUAGUACUGCCUCUCUUAUGCUUCUCUAUCGUGACAAACUAAUAUUUUGUAGCCAUUUACAAUUCGUGUCAAAAUUCUUCAUCCCAGCCAUCUUUGUUCCAUUUUGAUUAUUUCUUCCACAUAAAAACAAUUACUUUAAGGUUUUAUUCGUUUCGUGAUAUGGCUGCAAAAUAUAUUUACAUCCUCUAAAAAAUAUAGAACAAAUUCGUUAGAUGGAAAAAAGGUAGAGAGGAUAUGAAGAAGAAGCUCAAAACAUAUUGGUAAAGAGAACUUUUCAGAUGGAUCCGUUUCAUUUGAGGCAACCUUCCGAACAGCAAUAUGAUUUCUUCGAUAAAUUUCUAUCGUAUCAGGGUUGGUAGGUAUUACCGUGGUUUUCCUCCGGCCCGUGUGGCACGCGAAUUGGGUACAAAUUAAUUUUUACGGAUUUAAGCAAAUAAACAUCCUCUCUCGAAUUCUUAAAACGCCACGGACAACAACACUAGAAAUUGUAUGUAUAAACUUGUGGUUCUUCCCCCAUCUUUCCUCAUGUUGUUCUACUUUUUCUCCCUUUUUUCAUUUAGUUUGGAUCUGUCGUUGCUGUUUUCUUUCUUUUUUUACAAAUUUGUGGAAAAUGCUCCUCGAAUCAUUUUCAAAGCUGCUUUUGAAAAAGUUCGCAAAAGCGAACUUUGGCAAAAAGAGGCAGAAUAAAGAAAUAUGUAAUCACUCGCCUUCCAAUUAAUUUUACCUUCUAUUCACCUAAAUCUUGUUAAUUAGUUUCGCAUUUAGACGCAAAUAUAUAGCUGACUUCUUAGAAAUUUGCAGAUUUUAAGCCGUGUUAACUUAAGUAAGAGAAAUGUUUAAAAAGAUCUAGUUUCAUCACAGUCUAAACACCAACGCUACAGUCAUAUUUUUUCUUCGCGCCAUCGUCUACAAAUCAUUUAGAAUAUCUACAGCUACGCACUGAGAACGAGGUCUAAAUAAUUUUUUAUUUCUCAAAUUUCGACAAAGGUUCGUAGAAAUUUCAAGACUCUUCUUACAGUGUAAAGGGUCUCAGUGAGGUUAAUCGACAACCGUUAAAGGACCAAAAAAUUUAGCCGUUAGGCGUUAAAAUUGACAAGUUCAGCCAAUAGUCGUAAAAAAAGUUAACCAUUAAAAAUAACUUUGGUGACAAAAAUAAAAUGAAAUCAAUCGUUAGCAGUAAAAUAGCCAAAAUUUUAACCGUUAGCCGUAAAAACCAUUACCCCACUGAGACCCUCAAUCUGCAAGUUAAAGUUCAAUAAAUUGUUCGCGGUACCAAUGUCGGAGAGUUCAAAGGCGAAAUGUAAUUGCUUGUAUGUGAAACAUGCUUUUGGGGAAUACUAAAAUAUCCUCAAUCUCAACAAAAUUUUAAAGUUAAAGAAAGGUUUGCUUAAUAGUGAAACGUCUUUUUAACAACUCAUUUUUCAUCGUUGAGCUAAGAGUUGGAAUUUUUGAAAUUUUGUUCCAUGCUAUUUUCCUAUUAUCGUAAAGCAGCAUUAAACCCAUGAAAUAUGGCGCGACAAAUUCUUUAUUAUCACAAUCAUUGUACACUACUCAGCUGAAUUGCGUUUUGAAAAUAUAUGUUAAUUACAGUCUUAUUGCAAUCCAUUUUAUUAGAGGGCUGUUAAAUUUUCCAGAGCUCUAAGUUUCCCAUGGCCAAAGCUUUAAUAACUGGAUUGAUAACCAAAGUUAGCUGCCUCGAAGUGUUUAGAAUUUAAGACUGGAAAACUCUCGAACUUCUUUUGCCCGUCACUAGCUGUCGCCAGGAAUUAGAACAUCUAUCAGUUAUGUGCUUGACUUGACAGCAAUUAUACGUUAAUUUUCACCUGCUACGUGAAGAUUCUUAAGAGUGAUGAUUCGACAGACGAAGAAUACUUGAUGGAAUAUCCACAAAACUGAUCAAUAUUCGUCUGACCAUUCAUUUUACUCUUUCACUGAUACUGGAAUAAUCUUGGAUCGAUCAUUAAGGUAAGGCCAUUGAAAAUCUAUCAGCAUGAAAAUUUUGGAUCUUUAUUUAACUCUAACUAACUUUAGGCUUACUGUCAAAACGAUGGUGUGACCACCCAGAGGAGUAUGUAAAAAUUGUCAUUCAUUAAUGUACCUUCAAGCUGGUUUUACGCGUUCUAAUCUAAAGUUUUCUCUUGUGGCUGUCUCUUAUUUGUCGUACUUACCCUUACUCUGCGAUGUCAACGACCGCAGAGAAGUUUAAGAGUCUUGCAUUCUCUGAUUUUCCAGCGUGUUGAGUUGCACGCACAGCCGAUAUGAGAUGGGCCGAUGAAGAUUAUCAUCUAAAUGUUAUCUCCCUUCAUUGUGACUUUAUCUCAGGUCUCGUAACCACGCCUUGUUCAAUGGCGGUAGUUGCACUGUUUGUUUAUCAAAAUCUUCAGUACCAGGAGAUUGUGACACCAGAACAAGCUUUUGUCGCUUUGCCGUUUAUAUAGGUUCCUUAGUGGUCUUUUGUCGUGCUUCCGGUCUUAAGUGAAAUUUUAAGUGUGUUAACUUGAGGUGAUGUCGCUUUUUUGUAUUAUUAUUACCACAGUUCUUCCACAAUUUCUUUACUUGCACUGUUCUGAUUAGUUUUUUGAUUAAGUAUGUUAAUUUUAAUCUCCAUUUUGCAUUUCUUUUUUCAUGACUGUUUUUUGUAAACUUGAUUUUUCAGAGUUUAGACACUAUUUUCGGCAAAUGUCGAAAAACUGAGCAGAUUAAAGGAAGUUAGGCGUACCUAAGUGUAACGAAUUUAAUUUGAAACUCAAAUACUACUGUCUGGGCUUGCUCUGAAUAGCGUUUUGAAUAAAUAUGUAUAUCCUAAUCUUACUGCUAUCCACUUUGCUGGAUGGUUGUUACAUAUUCCAGAGCGUUCAGUUUUCUAUGGCCAAAGCUGAAAUAACUGGGUUGAUAACAAAAAUUGGAUGCCUCGAAAUGUUCAGAAUUUGAAACUGAAGUCCUCUCGAACUUCUUUUAGCUGCCACUAACUGUAAGCAGCAAUGAAAACAUUCAUUCAGUCAAGUGCUUAACUUGACAGCAAUUAAAGGCUUGUGGUCACCUGCAAGAUUCCUUGGAGCUUUUUGAUUGGAAGCUUAGGAGUGAUGAUUCGACGGAUAAAGAGUUGAUGGAAUAUCCACAAAACUAAUCAAUAUUCGUCUAACCAUGCACUUUACUCUUUCACUGAUACUAUAAUAAUCUUGGAUCAAUCAUUAAGGUAGGACAAUUGAAAAUGAUGAAAGGAUGUCAGCCGUCCUAAAAGGUUAAGAAUUUGAAACCUAAAUACUGAAAUGUCCGCAAAUUCUUUCCCCUGUCACUGCUGAGUCGUCACCAGCAAUAGAAACAUCUAUUCAACCGGGUAUUCAACUUGAAAGUAAUUAAGGUCUACUCAUAAAUAAACCUGUGAGAUUCCCAUGCGCCUUUUAAUUGGAAGCGUAAAAAUGAUAAGUUGAGAGGCAUUUGAAAUUUGGAUGAUUAUCCAAUGAAACCGUCCAACUUUGUCCUAGCACGUGUUUCCCUCCCUCUCUCAAUAGCUCAAACAUAAUUAAAGACUGAUCGAUUUUUAAGGCCCUGAAAAUGUUUCUUAGCAAGAAAUUAUUGAUCUUUGUAAUUAGAAAUUAAAGGAGUAUUCAAGACUUGGUAAGGAAAUUUCAAAGUGGCUUCUUUGAAUUUUAAACCAAACAUUUUCUCCCGAGAUCGUCUCAGGGAAAGUAUUCGUUAUUCUUGCUUUUGGAAGGGAAAUUUGAUCCCAGCCCCUUAACGAAGAGGUUAAACAGUCUUGCAUGCUCUUAUUUUGCUGCGGGUUUAGUUAUCCAGCUGAUGUGGAAGUUUUAAUCAUAUAUGGAUACUGAAUAAGGAUGCUAAGAAAGCAAUCAUCCACUUGAUAUUCAUGCACGCUGACUUUAUUUUUUUGUUAAACAUAUUUUUCAUUGUUAUUACCCAGACUUUCACUCAAAAAAACAAGUACUGUGAUUGGUUAAUUCUUGGUCACGUGCCCCUGAUCAUAUUCGCGCGCCGUUUUUCCCAUAUGAUUUUUUAAGGGGAAGUCUAAAUAUAUAACAAAGCACUUAAUGUAUGGUCCCUCGGGAAAUUCGUUUGUUUUUUCUUCUCUCGAGUCUUGAUCACCAGGACUCUCGGGAGAACAAAACUAACUGUUUCCCGCGGGACCAUACAUUAAGUGUAUGUUGUUUUCCCCAAAAGCACCUAGGCUUAACAAGGAGGAUAACAACAUUACAAAUUUUAAUUCAAUCUAUUCAGGCUCACACCUUAAUAGACAGAAAAAACACACCCAAAUUGUUAUAGUAACGUGUUAAACUUACAAAGCAAGGAAUAUAUCUUCUAAACAAUCAAACAAAGACGCCGGAAAGCGCUUAGUACUAAUUAUCAAACUUUGUACUUUGCGAAAAAAAGGACAGUUGACCUCAACACCAUAUAAAUAAUGUGAUUUCCUUGAAUUGCAUCGCUUCUCGAUGACCAUGUCUCAUCUAAAAUAUUAGCAGCAGAGGUAUUUAUUUCAGGUCUCGUUGUAUUUCUCAAUAGCCGCAUCUUGAUUUUCAAUGGCGGCAAUUGUAUCGGAUAGGCUUCUUGCAGCGUAUUUACACCUUCAGCACCAGGACAUUGAGAAAAGACUUUGAACAAGUAGUUAUCGCUCUGUCGUUUAUUUGAGGUUGGUGUAUUUAUGACGGAGCUGUCCCUUUUUGUAGCAGGUGUUGCCUAUUGUCGGAUUUAAAAUAGAGUUGUCAGAAGUAAUAACAUAGCGGCUUAGCCUUAAAGCAGAGUAAUAAAGCACAAUUGCUGUACGCGUUUAUACGCGUUUAUACGCGUCUACCAUUAUCUAACAGUUGGUCCUGCGUGGGGUUCGCGCGUGAUAUUAAUCCUAAUAGGCCAAAGGACAUUUGAACUCAAAGGAAGUAUAUACACUGAUGUCAGGAGAUAAACACGGAAUAUAAUUUAUUUGAGAAAUUAUUCGUAAUGUCAUAUGAGUGCUUCCGCCAAAGUGACCGUUCAAUACUGGUGAAGAUGAUACAAACAAGCCAUGUGGACUCAGUAAAGUUACAUCGCAGUGGUGGUCAAAAUGUCGUGGACUCACGAGGCACAACCUCGUGAGAUGAUAAUUUUAUGGAACCCUUUAAAAAUAUGUUUACUUUCUAUUUCGUUUCAAACUGACAACAAAGAACGAUUAUUGAAAUACACUCAUCGUUAAUAACAUAUGGACUGUCUCAUACUUAUGCUAAUAAGAUUGGUAUUCGAGAGUGACAAGUUGGCGCCCAAAGAAGCAGGUGCAUCAACAAUUUCUUAGAUGUAUGAUAUAAAAAUAGGUCUUGAAAUAUCUCAGUAUGAUUGCUUAGAUAACUACAGAAGUGACGAAGAGAGCGCUGUGAUUGGUCGACGACUACGUCAUGAAAUGUUAUGAUCACCCUUCGUAAGGUGAUUAUCAUAAUGACACACUUUUAAACUUUCCGAAUAGACAGCGAGCAAUAAAUGAAAUGAGAGAAGAUGAACUUUUCCUGGCUAUCCCCUUCUUUGUAUGAUUUUGCUGUGACAAAUUCUGAUCUCGGCGAGUAUUUUUGAAUCAUCCCAUCGACAUCGAAUUUGUUAUGGAGAUUUCUGACAAUGCUGAUUACCACCUGCGAAUAAUUAGUAAAUAUGAUUUUACUAUUUAAUCUUUUUUAAAGCCAUGAACCGCUCAAGAACGUUUACAUGCGUUAACAAUGCUUGCCGCUUCAGUCACAGGUAAGUAGAUAGCUCUGCGAUCGCUAUUUGUUUAAAUACAAAUACGAGUGACUCUCACAGCGGUAUCAUAUUUCCGCUUUCCAUAUCUUUCUGAAAAUCGGCAAAUUAAACUGUUCCUGUUUGUAUUGAUUCUCGCGGCGACUAAUUUGAAGAGUAAGUUCGCAAUGGGGUCCCUUUUCUGCGAACAGAGGUUGGAAGAAAAUAUGAAGCUCCUGACUCAUCAUUGGACUUUUAUGAUUACAUUUUGUGUCCUGAACUUGAUGUUUUCCGUUUUGACAUGUCUUGCAAAUCUCAUCGUUAUCUGCGCUCUGAGAAAGGCAUCAUCAGUACCUUCGAAUCUGAAGAUAUUGUUCCUGAGUCUUGCUGUGGCUGAUUUCGCUGUUGGAAUGUGCCCUCAGCUGAUGUUUGGAGUUAUUGUUGCAGUGAUGUUGCACAAAAACGCAAAUGGAGACCAGCCCUUUGACUUGUGUUCAACCAGCUUUAUUUUGCUCUAUUUCUUCUUAUUUCUGUUGGCGUCCGCCUCAUUCUUGACCAUUCUAGCCAUCGCUGUGGAUAGAUAUCUAGCAGUUUCUCUUCAUCUCCGAUAUCAGGAACUCGUCACUACUAAUCGAAUUGUGUUAGCGUUGAUAUCUUUAUGGGUAACAAGCGUUGUCACCGCUGCACUAUUCGUGUCUCUUCCAAACAACAAUCAUUUGGUGGUUGUGAUUGUCGAAGCCGUUGGAUUUCCUGUGACAACCAUAGCAUACAUCCGAAUCUACAAGGCCGUAAGAUAUCAUCAGAACAGAAUAAAUAGCCAAAUGAGAGAGGGUGGUCAUCGCUUGAAAGUAUUUAUCCGUGAGCAGAGGGCAGCUAUCAAUUCUUUGUUUUUCUAUGUUAUUUUCCUGGCUUGUUACACCCCACAUUUAAGCGGCACGAUUUUGUUAUUAACUGACAGUACUUCAAUAUCCUAUUUAGUAGCCAAUCAUGCAACUUUGUUCUUGGUUAUUCUAAAUUCUGCGUUAAACCCGCUGGUUUACUGCUGGCGAUAUAGACAAAUUCGCGUUUACGCGAUAAACACGAUAAGGAAACUCUUAAUCUCGCGUGACUCUGAAUAAUUUCUAUCCAUGCAAGAAUUGAAACGUAUAGCAUAUUUUAAUAAUCACAGAGGAGGGUCAAAAUUCCCUUUCGGUGCCCUCGGCUUGUUUUGUAAAUUAUCGCUUAUUCAAGAAGUAGCACAUUUGAAGAAAAGAUUAAGCAUUAGUAUCGUUUAAUUCUCCUUCACAUAUUUCGCACUAGGGAGUAUAUUAAUAGUCAGUUUUGAUUAGUGGACUAAACGUCUCUUAAGAAAAAUAUUACAAAUAAGUCCUUAUGACGUUGAGCGUUACUAUGGUGAUAUUGUAUUUCCAGAGCAGCUGAUAUGAAUCCUAUGAGGACACAAAAUCCAUCAUAAAAUGUUGUUGAAUUAGCUUUGACAAGCACGUUUGUACCUUUUUUAAAACGAUUCUAUGUAUUAUUUGUUUUAUCAUUACCUGACAACUUUGGUAUUACAAAGACAACAUACUCAGAUAUAAAGCUAAUGUCGCAACACUUUUCAUAAUUUGUCCGUAAAAAUACUGCGAUAAAACAACAUGUCAUCAAAACAUUAAAUGGUAUAUAUAUAUAUAAAAGAAGAAGACGUUUUCGUAGAUUAAUUAGACUCUUUUAUACAAACUAAACUAUUUUUUUUUAACAAAUUUAAAGAGAUUUAUGUCCCCACUGCAACGUCCUAACGUGUUUGUCAGUCACCGAAUUCUUUUUUCCGGGGUGAAGUUGUCGAGUCCCAAUCACAUGAAAAUUAAUGUAUCGAUGGUUUUUUUUAUACAGCAGGAGCCACUUGAUCUUCUUUAGAUAUAAACUUUUUCUGCUUUCUUGUUGAAGAAAAAAUUUCAAAUGUUCAACAGUAGUAACAACAACUGAUUGAAGUAAUUAGUCCGCCGUCUGACAGCAUUAGAUGAUAUUUGGCCUUGAGGAAGAGACGCUGCUGUCUUUCACUUGAUGCUCGUCAUGCUCGUCAUGCUCUUCAUCACCUUACAUAAUUUCACGAACAAAUUUAUGAUGGCACAAAUCUCUUACAGUGACGAAAUUUCCAAAUCGCGAAACGAAUUCCCCCUCCCCUACUCUACACAAGCACUCAGUUUUUGCAUAGAAUUAGAAUUCGGCAACCACAAAACACCACAUAGGCGUGCCUUCGAAAGUUCCUCGGGAAACGUCUUGUUUGCAAGACGCUCUUUAUGAGGAAUAUUGUCCACGCUAGAUAGUAAAUAUGGCUCCAUAAGCGCAAGACUUUUUUUGUCAAAAAGAAUACACUAAUAUUGGUUCCUUUUCGACGUCGAAAUGUCGUCGUUUUGGAUCUUCCUAAAAGUGUUAGUCUUAACUUUUUGUAGCUGAAAAUCGCCUCUUAUCUAUAUAAAAUUGUCAAUUUUGACAUUUUUCAUUCAUCACAGAAGAUAUGCAGGAGUGAUCUUACAUGAACGUGCUUGGAUGUGGUUUUUAUCUUUGAGAGUAACGCUGACUGUAAUAUUUCUCACUCGUAUCCUGCGCCCACCCACGAGAGAUGUUAUAUAUCAAGAUGAAAGUAGAAAUUCGUAUCCGUUAGCGUAAUAGUAAAGCUUUGUUGGUAUCGUAAAACAUUGACUUGAGAAAAUACUUACUUUUUCAGUUUCUAACUUGAAGGUAAAGUACGUUUUACCGAUAUCUACCUUUUCUCUGACAUAAAAUAAUUGAACCCAGCGACAGUAUCGUGGACAAAGCUAAGGACAACUAUGAGAAAAAAAAGAUGUUUUUUUUUUUUUUUUAAGUUUUAAUAUUUGGAGCAUCGAUUACUUUCAAUAGUUCAUUUCUCCUGUAUUUGUUUGAAGGAGAAACUCACUUGAACAGAUACCUAUUGGUUGAGAGUUAAUUAUUUGCUUCUGUUAUUUCAUCGCCCUGACCCGCUAUUGAUCGAUUAUAAGACCUGGUAGAAUGACUGUGUGAUCGGUGCACAAUUUCGCGUGAAAUAAAAAUCGACAAAUGAUACGUGUUUAGCGUGUUUCAACGAAGUAUCAUGCGGCUUUUAUUUCAUAAAAAGUUGCAAUAUGGCAAUAUUUUUUUUGGUAUUUACUUUUGCCUUAUGUACAAAUUCAAAUUUGCAUAGAUGGCCUAAAAAAGUCUGCCUCGAGGUGUAAUUCUGUUUUCUCACUAAACGAUUUCCAUUUUAGUGAUUGUACAAAAGAACGACAUUUUCGCCUUUCUUUAGAGAGAUAUCGAAGAACCUUAAUUUGGCCAUUCUAUUUCCUCGCGGUUAUCGUCCAAAGAAUGUAUUUAUGCAGUACUCGUGUGGUUAGGCAAUUAUUCAAUGGGCACAGAACAUUCAUAGGCCGUGUUUAAAGCAGCAUGAACUCCACCUAUUUACAGAGCACAAUAAAUAUUUAAUCGCGUAAAUAUUAGAAUUUGGAAGUAAGUCUUAGGAGAUCUGCUCAACACUCUCUGUUUAUUAUCCUGUAGGAGAUACAGUUGGCCAAAGGACAGAGCAACCAAAACGAUUAUCUCAUGGUCGAAAAGUUUUGCGAUCUGCAGUUACAGGAGUUACACAUAAUGCUACAUUCUAACAGGGAGUUUUUAUUAUUUCUCUUUAUUUCAAUUUUGUUUUCUUCUCUCGUGGCGACCAUUGGAGGCUUUCUCGUGAUUGGUGCCAUGUGGAAAAGUUCGUCGAUGUCGCCUGCAGUAAGGAAGGUAUUCAUGAGUCUGUCUUUUUCGGAUCUUGCCAUGGGAAUAUUCGCACAGCCCUUGUUCGGUGGCAUCAUAGCGGAGAUGUUACGAAUGGCAGCCAAUGGAGAAUAUAACUUCUCCGUCUUCUGCCCAGUCACACUCACCAUAAGUCAUUUUUGUACCUUUUCACUGGCCUGCGCUUCGUUCUUGAAUGUUACGGUAAUUGCUAUCGAUCGACUCCUCGCAAUUUAUCUCCACCUUCGCUAUCAUGAACUUGUGACUUCCAAACGUCUCUCUCUGGCUUUGGUGUCUGUGUGGAUAGCAAGUGGAAUUGCUGCGGGUAUUUACGUCUCUCUUCCAGCAUACAGUGACAUGGUAGCUAACGUACUUUUGAUUCUUGGCCUCUUCCUUACAUCUAUGGCUUAUUUUAAAAUCUAUAAGGCUGUGAUAUAUCAUCGGAAUCAAAUACAAACUCAGUUACAGAGGCAUGAUGAUCAAGAAAUAUCCAAAGCUCGAGAGAAAAAGUCUGCAAUCAACGCACUCGUUGUUUAUGUUGUUUUCCUGGGAUGUUAUCUGCCCUAUUUAUGCUGUACUUUGAUAUUAAUAGUGGAUAAUUCUCGAGCGUCGUCUAUAAUAGAGUAUUAUGUCUCAUUCAUCUUGAUUCUGUUGAAUUCUUCUAUAAAUCCGAUCAUUUACUGCUGGCGAAUUCGCGAAAUUCGUCAAAUUGUAAAGAGAAUUGUGAAGAAUUUAUUACGUUAA